AAAGGAAACAGCCCUUCAACAAUGUCGGCCACGUCUGUGACGUAUGCGAGUGCGACGGUCUUCACCUAAUCCCCGCGUUUCUGGGAAAUGAUAAACUCGCAUUAACGUUGCUCCACGUGUUUCUCGCAGUCUCUCUUCCCUUUCGUUAAAACCCCCUCUCUCCCUAAAACCCCCACGUCACAGCCGCAGAGUCUCAGCGACCAAAGAAACCACAAACCGCCACCAUGACGGCCACUUUCCGCCGGAGCACCAUCCUCACCCGCCUGUUACACAAGAACUCUAUCACCGACCCGAUUGCGGCCCCGACACUGCUCCAAACCCAAACCCAAACCCAGACCCCCUCCAGAGCCUACCUCCGCUUCCCUCAAGUCUUCCGCAAAGCCAGAGACUACGACCUCUCCCCCUCCGUCUUCUCCUCCGCCUUCUCCUCCUCCAAGUCCUCCGUCGAAGCGCCGUCGGCUUCCAAGUUCGGGUUCGUGGGAUGGUACCUGGGUAUGAUCCAGUGCCGCCCCAUUUUGACCAAGAGUGUGACCGCGGCGCUCAUUUACACCGCCGCCGAUUUGUCCUCCCAGACAUUAGCAAAAUCAUCCUUUUCCGAAUCUUAUGAUCUUGUAAGGACAGCGCGCAUGGCUGGCUAUGGGAUGCUGGUUUUGGGUCCGUCGCUGCAUUUCUGGUUCAAUUUCAUGUCGAAAGCUUUACCGAAACGAGAUGUGUUUUCGACAUUGAAGAAAAUGGCAAUGGGGCAGCUGCUUUACGGACCUACAAUGACGUGUGUUUUCUUCUCCUUGAAUGCAUGUCUACAAGGUGAAAAUGGUGAAGAAAUUGUUGCCCGCCUACGGCGAGACUUGUUCCCUACAUUGUUAAACGGUGUUAUGUACUGGCCAGUAUGUGAUUUUAUCACAUUCCGAUUCAUUCCUGUCCAUUUACAGCCAUUAGUGAGCAACGGAUUUUCGUAUCUGUGGACCAUUUACAUGACGUACAUGGCAGGCUUGGAGAAAGCUGGCACAACGUCCUAGCUGAUUGACUGUAGGCGCGUAUUCUUUUUACUAGUCUCGUCUUUAAGAUUUAGACGUGUCUCAACAACCCAGCUUGGAAGUUGCUCGUGAUGCCCUUGCACGGUGAACCUUACGGAUGCCUUGGCAGAAACGCUAGCAUGACAUCCACAGCCGAACUAUGGUUGAAGCACAGGCUAUGAAUCUCGCUCUCAUUGCGAAUUUUACGAAUUCGAUUCAUUGGUAAUUACAUUCAGAUCAUGUCUUUUUACCAUUCGUGUAAAACAUUCAGACAUUAUGUAUUUAUGCCGUUGGGACAACUUUGAGGCUUUUGUAUAAAGCAAUAGGUUGAUGUUGUUUAAGACACCGGAAGUAUCAGUUACAAGUUAGUUUGAUCGGA